AUGAAGCCUCUUUUCUUCCUCGUCCUGUGCCUCUGCUGCGUGGCUCCGUCUGGGGUAACACUCGCUGACGAAAACGGUAGGAAAACAACAAUUUUAUAACUCUAUGAAAUUCACACAUCACGGAAUAAAACUUAAUAGUCAACUUUUAAAACACACGCGUUGGGGAUCCAUGGCCGGCUCGUCUCUUAGGGCCUGUAGGCCGUCACCCAGGGCCCAGAAAUGUGUUAUGGAGGCCCAUCAGCGGCUCACAGUGAAAGAUUUAAAGAAGUAUUAAUUCCAUCUCUCCGGAGGGCACUGGUGAACGCCUGCUCAAUUGGGAAUAAAACUUCUGCGCCUCAUGAUUUAAUCCAGUCAAAACUAGAUUUCUUUUUUGUUACGGAAACUUUGCAGAGGACUGAGGAGCAAGCCCUCCUCAUCGAAUUUUAGUGGGUCUUUCUCUAUAAAAGUAAACAACUCCAAGUCAAGGACAGGUGAGUUCGAUUCCUGGGGAUUUCUUUUUUCUUUUUUUCUUUUCUUUUCUUUUCUUUUCUUUUUUUUUUUUUUUUGUAGUUUUUUUGUAGUUUUUUUCUUUUUUCUGUUGACACCACCUAUUUUCUCAUGUUCCUCACUGGGUAAGCUCUCAACCCCGUUACACAAAUGAUUUCACCCCCAUAAAUACAAUAGUAUGGUCCACAAAAGCAUUUACAUCAAGAAGUGACAUUAGUGGAGUCUUUUGGACAGCAAACAGCAGAGACAGGUAUGUUGCUCCCUUCAUUUCCUUUAUUCUGGUCAUUUAUCUUAUGGUAUUGUAUUUCUCAAACUCAACGACUCAACGCCGUCACAUGAAAAAAAGAAAGGAAAAAUGUUUUUUUUAAUUUUUGUUAUUUUAAGUAUAAAUGUUAACUCUGGAUCUCAUACAUUCCAUGUGCUCCCUCUCUCUCUCUCUGGUAUUCACUUCAUUGAGCAGUGGCCAUUUUGUGCUAAAAUCACAACCCCGUCAUACAACUCCAUUACGUGUUUGAUUGUAACAGGGUUGUUAAGUUUUCCAUUUUUUUUAAAUCAGUUGUUAUUUCAAUCAACAUUUUUAUACCACAUACAUGCUGAAUGUGCUCUAUGUUCUAUGUUGAAGCUGUGAGUAGGAUGGCACCAAGAACAGCAGCAGAAAGGCAGAGAAAGUAUCGAGAAAGCCUUAAAGCUGAUCCUGAAAGAAGGGAGAAAUACCUGCAGAGUGAAUGUGAGAGAUUGACAAAGAAUGUAGCGGCGAGGAAAGAGAAAUCAGAGAAAGAGAGCAACCUAAGAAAAGAAAAAUGCAGAGAGAAGGAGAAAGGAGAGGAGAGGAGUGCCCAAGAACUUAAGCUGAAGAAGAACAUGCAGGGGGAGAGUCUGAUCCAUGUUGAAAACUACAGCUGUAGAUACAGUUCUCAAGUUCAGGAGCUUCAUAUCAGCAAUUAAUGAAUUAAGAGGCACAGGCACACACACACAUGCAUACACACACUGACAGGCGCAUACACAGCUGCGUUUCCAUUACAUUUUUUCGCAAUAUAAAAGCGAUGUUUAUCAAAUUUCGACAAAGUACAAUUGCGAUUUGCGGGUGUUUCCAUUGAAUGGUGUUCAGUGCACAAGCGAGCCGUCUGCCUCUCGCGAGCCGUGUUUGAAUGGCCGUUGCCUAGCAACGAGGUAAACUUCCUGCCCUUGCGAGCUCGUAUUCCUUAAGCCUUUUUGCACACCAACAUGGACGAGACACAAAACAUUUUGCGUUUUGGAGCAGCUAUUUCUGUGACCAUUACUGCUGUUGCCGCUGCUGUCAUCAGAAGACGAAGGCAGCGGGUGAUAAUUCAAAGGCAAAGCCCGAAUGUAUGGGAGCGGACACGGAUGAAGGAUUUCUGGGAGAGGGUCGUUAAUGAGGAAUUCACAGACGAAUUGUGGAUUCAAAACUUCAGAAAAUACAAAUACAAUUCAAAACUUCAGAAAUAACUCCGUCUCCUCCCCCGUCCACACAUACCGCGUCAUCUUUGCUUGAAAUGAACUGAUCACACGACCCGCUACGUCACGUCCGGUGACAGAGAAUUGCGAGAAUAGUGUUUCCAUUACACUUUUGCGAUAAACUUCUACAUCGACACGUCUGAAAAACCACCUCAUGAGAGCGUAAAAACUUUUUAGCGAUACUUGAGAGGUUUUUCGAAAUUUAGCUGUUUCCAAUACCAGUUUUCUAUUGCGAUAUUUAGGUUUUGGGCAAAUCUAUGGGUAAUGGAAACGCAUGGACACUGACACUGCUACAGACAAACAAACUGAAAUGAUUAACUGUUUGAGUGUUGUUAUCAUGACUAUAGUUAAUCAGUUUACAAGUUUAAUUGUAUGAAAUAGGAUUGGCCUUUAUGCCUGGACACGCACACACACACACACACACACACACACACACACACACACACACACACACACACACACACACACACACACACACACACACAUACAUUUGUACAACUCAAUGUACACAGUUUGACUGUUGUUAGGUGUUGUAAAGAGGCCUUUGUAGUUGUUUUAACUUUAGUUUAAUAUAACUCAGUUCAACUGCAAUUAAUAUUUUGACUUUAAAUAAUGACUCACUUAUUUGAAGGCCAGGAAAAUUAUAUAUGUAUGUAUAUAUAAAUUAUAUAUGUAUGUAUAUAUAUAUAUAUAUAUAUAUAUAUGUAUUGUUGUUAGGUGUUGUAAAGAGGCCUUUGUAGUUGUUUUAACUUUAGUUUAAUAUAACUCAGUUCAACUGCAAUUAAUAUUUUGACUUUAAAUAAUGACUCACUUAUUUGAAGGCCAGGAAAAAUAUAUAUAUAUAUAUAUAUAUAUAUAUAUAUAUAUAUAUAUAUAUAUAUAUAUAUUAGACACUAUUAUAAUAUAUAUUACACACUAUUAUAUAUUAUAUAUAUUAUAUAUAUAUAUAUAUAUAUACUGUAUAUAUAUAUAUAUAUAGAUAGAUAAUAUAAUAUGUUAUAUAUAUACAUACAUAUAUAUGUGUAUAUAUGUAUAUUUAUAUACAUAUAUAUACAUAUAUAUUUAUAUAUGUAUAUAUACAUGUGUAUAUAUAUAUAUAUGUAUAUAAUGAGUGUGUGUGUGUACAUUUUUUUUAUAUGUAUAUGGACAUGUAUUGCUGCAGCUAAGCUCCUGACAAGAUCAUCCAAAUGGACCCAUGCGACACCACUCCUCAUGUCUUUACACUGGCUCCUCAUUCAAUUCAGAACGAAACUUAAAUGACUUGUUCUUGUGUUCAGAGCUUUGCAUGGACAAUAUCCAAGCUUGGAUAUCAGAGUCCUGCUGAAGCCUUAAAGCUCCAGCAAGACUCUUUGAUCCUCUGAUCGGGGUUUGCUGGUUGUCCCUUGGACCAGAUUACGAACUAAAGGAGAUUGUGCAUUUAAGAUUUUGCUCCGAAACGUUUGAGCUCUUUUCCUCGAAAACUAAGGACUGUGGACACUUUCAAAAAGCUGUUGAAGACCAAUUUGUUCACAUUUGCCUUUGUAUAACCAGGACUUUGGCUGCUAGUAUACUUUUUAUUGAUUUUUAUGUCUUGUUGUCUCUUAAUUUGAUGACUUUGAAGCACUUUGUAACAACUGAAAGGUGCUAUACAAAUCGAGUUUACCAUAAUUAAGAAUUAAAAUCACGAAGAAGACUUUAUAAUUAUCCCAGAGUAACAGAAACUUUGAAACAUUCUCACAAAAAAAAAUCACAUGAUAAAAAAAAAAGCUGGAAAACGUUAUUAAUUUUUGACAAACUGACAGACAUCCUCAAUUGUCCUUUCUUUAUGGCAUAGGACCAGAGGAACUUACUCCAUGCUUUGAUCUGUCUGGUCAUUUGCGGUCCAGUCAGUUUUUUGUGCACCCACUGAGACAGGGAACAAUUAGGUCUUUCCACAGUUUUCCCCCAGAUGACUCGGUUCAAGAAAAUCCUCUCUUUGGGGAUCUGGAUGGUUUAUUAUUCAUUUAUUGAUGGCGAUGGGAUCGCUAGCAAUCCUGUAGAAAACUGUAAAAAAUAUUGGUGUAUGAGAAGUUGUUUGAAACGAACUUGAAUGAAUGUUCCGGACCACCCAAGCAGCUAUAGAUAAACCAAAAUGACGCGCCUGUAACGAGGUUCGCACAAGCGUGGCGUACUCAGCCUGUUGUAGUGAGGUGGUCUGAAGAGAGCGCUGACUUUCACAGAGGUGACAUUAAGUAUGAGGGUUAUGGUUAAAUAAAUACGAUUUAAUGUUGGAUUUACUGGAUGUUUUAAGAAUGUUCAUUGUCGAUUUUAACAUGGUUGCAGUGGUUCAACAUUUUAAUACUUUUUUUUUUGAUAGUAUGAUGUUUCCACUUUUUUCUACUCCAUGUUUUCAGGUUCUUUUGGGCCUUGCUCAAUACUGAUAUUCCACAAUACAACUAAUUCUAAUGAUAAAACUAGUAAUGACAAAAUAAUAAUAAUAAUAAUAAUAAUACUUAAUAAUAAUAAUAAUACGAAAACAAGACAGUGUCGAAACCAACUCAAACCAAACUGAAAAAGAAAACCCCUAAUGAAAAUGUCUGAACUAUUAUAUCCUCGCUGUGCGCUACUACUACAAAAUAUACUGUCACCUGAACUACUAAGAAAUACUGCAUUUUAUUCAGAGUUAUCUGAAUAAUCAGUGAAUAACUGAGAACAUUUGUAUUUUUGUAUUUUUCAUUGUUGCCCAUUCAGUCUCAUUUGUCUGAUUAAUUUUGUUGUUGUUUUGGGAAAAGGCCGAGUUGGUUCCUGAUAACGCAUGGAAUUUUUUUUAAGUUCUGUAUGGAUAAUCCAUAUCUUUCUGAGAUAAUUUACACAAUAUAAUUUAAUGCUUACAGAAACAUGGAUCAUAUUGUCUCGUUUAACUACUUUUUACAUAGCACACUCUCCUUAAAGUUUCUUGCCGGUGGAGUGAUAUUGUGUAAUCUAGCGCGGUGACUAAGUUGCAGUUUCCCCACGGUCAUGGCGGACAUUAAGAACAUGCACGCCAGAGGCCAGAGGCCUGUAUGACGAAACUGGAUUUGGUCUUAGCGAGAUAACUUCUGGAUAACUUCUGGGUUUUCCGUACUACGAAGGUGGAUCUCUUUUUAUCCGGGUCCGUUGCCCCGGUAACUUACGCGGAACGCCAAACCUGCUCCGGAGCAGGUUAUGUUUCAGGAUAAGAGCUCAGCAGGUAUAAAAGACCGCCCAAUGACCAAUCGGAUCUCUUGGAAAAUGACUUGCCCACUUUUGCCGGAUCCCGGGAACAUCGUUGCACCGAUAGUGAGAGGAGCGCUUCGCGUUUAUUUAUGAUCGUUCAAAUCCGUUUGAUUUACCUGAUGACGUUCUCUAUGAACGUUACAGGUUUUCCUCGGACGUCCUCAAUAAAGCAUGAAGUCUAAGCAAUGCACUAAUAUUUGCCAAGCUCCAGGUUCCAAUUUCAUGCAGCAUAUCAGUCAUCAUUCAGAAUUUAUUGAAGCAGAUUAGAAAACUCCUCUUAACCCCAAAUGUGUCUGCAGAUGACGUGACCAUCAGAUGAUGAAGAAAAAAAAAGGCAGUGUGAGGAAAUCGCUGUUUACGCGUUGAAUUAUGUACAAAUAAAAUCUUCCAAUAAACUUACAGACUACUUUAAAUGAUGUUUUUAGAUUUAUUUUUAUUUGCUCCCACGUACUCUUUCCCCACUGCUGUUGUGUCUGAAAUAAUGAGGUCUAUGAUGGAGGUGAUCACACACGCUGCAUGACAACAUAUUAGGGGGCCAUAAAUUUAUGAACGCACAAAUGUAAUUUACACAACCGGUGUAUUUUUUUUGCCAGCAGUCCCUCCAGUUUUUAGCGGCUGUGGCUGUCCUGCUCCUCACUGUUAUAAUGUUGCGGUACUCCUCGUAAAAUAAUGCUCUGUUCCUCGGCUAUGAAAAAUAACGUGCAGCCUUCUCCAUUGUGGAGAUUGGUCCGGUGGAACUGACCCCACCCCCUUUACGUGUGCGCGCACAGAUCUGAAGAGGCCACACCUGAGCUGUGUCCGAAUUGCCAAGUAGUAGUCGAAGUAGUAUCUAGCAUGUCCGAAUUGGCCACCGGAGCGAGUAGCAUGCUACUUCAGAUACUAGACGGGCCCACAUUGUAGGUUGGUCUCGGUGCAUCCAGAGCAGUGGAUUAAACAGAGUGGCGACAACUUCAGAUCUCGCCGCCGGAGCGGUCACGUGGUUCAUGUACCCCCUCCAUAGUUCCAAACGCAGCCUGCACUGUCCAUGCUCUUGAACGGGACAGACUGCAGUGAGCGCGCAUUUAAGAGGUAAAUAUUAAAAUUAACCGUAAAAAUUCAACAUUUGCAACUCUUAUUGGAUUACUGUGUACACGUCAAAGUCACGUACGUAUAUUUAGUGGCUGGAUGACAAAUAAAAGUGAAAUAAGACAAGUUUGGUAACACGUGUUACUUUUUAAUAAGAGAAAAUAAUACAAUAAAGUGGUAAGUAACAGGUGUUAUAAGCUGUUUAAACAACUGUGCAAUGUUUUGAUCUUGCAGCAUGGCCUGCAUAACAUUUUUCCAUGUUAAACAUACGCCUUAAAUGCUGACAGAAUUUAAAAAGUAGCGGCCCCUUAACUCUAUCAUCCCAUAAGCAGAAAUCAAAUUACAUAGCAUUUAUGUUAGUCUAAAAAGAAUAAAUUGCACAUAACAUUGGGUACUGAUAAAGGCUGAAAUCAAAUAUAAAGCCCAUAAGUAACCAUCUCAACAUAUGAUUGAUGAUGAUUUUUCUGUGAUUCAUAACUCAGUCACAGUAAAUUUUGGCAGGCCUCUACAGCUGACGACGUCCAACUAGCAGGCCGUGGCUAAAAAAUCGAUCCCAAUUCCUAACUAAAAAAAAACGUAAUUACAUUUCAAUUUGAGCAUACUAAAAUUAAAAUCAUUUUACAGGGCUAAAAUGAGUCCCUCGAUACCAUUUACACACGUAUUGGCAUUACGUUCGUUGAUGCAAUAUUUUACCUCGGGGAGUGUGGGAGCAAACCGUGGCUAAAAAAAUCGAAAAAAAAACGUUAUUACAUUUGGGAUAUACAUUUUUACAUAUAAAGGGGUCCCCUCGAUAUCAAUAACACAUGUAUUGGCAUUAAAAUUGUUGAUAUUUUAUCAUUUAACCUCGGUGAGUGCUUGCCUUGUGGCCAUAGAAGCGAACGGCGUCCGACGUGACAGGCGGUCAUGUUGGAACUAUUGAUGCUGUGUCCGAAUUGCCCGCUCGGAUACUACAUGCUACUGCUACAUACUACUGCUAGAUCCUACUCCUACAUACUAAACACGUUGGCCCAAUUCGGACACACUAGAUGAGCGGUGGGGAAAGACGACCCCCGCAGGCAGAGAGCAGGUACUGCGCCCGUGCAGACAAUGGUAACUGAAGCCCCUCAUCUGCUGGCCUGGCUGUAGUACUGCAGCUGUGCAGUUUAAUGAUGGAAUAAGUGAGCUUUACCUCCAUGAUGUCGCCACAUAUUUGCUCAUAAAAUGAUUACUUGGGCAAAUAUGACACCAUAGCUGCGUCCGAAUUGCCAAGUAGUAGUCGAAGUAGUAGUCGAAGUAGUAUCUAGCAUGUCCGAAUUGGCCACCGGAGCGAGUAGCAUGCUACUUCAGAUACUACUUCAGAUGCUAGACACGCCCACAUUGUAGGUUGGUCUCGGUGCAUCCUACGGGCAUGCUACUGACCCAAAAUGCACCGCGGGCUUCUUCUUCGUCCUCUUAAAGGUUGUAGAAGCGCAUGUGAUGCUAGCGCCACCAGCUGCUCUGCCUAUUUAAAAGUGUCGCGAACGCUGGCUGACCACAGCAGCGUGCACCAUGUCGGAGCAGCAGCAGCAGCAGGCGGGUCCGCAGCAGUACAGAUGUAAGUUUCAUGUAACUUCACACACUGUCCUAAAAAAUGUGCGGUUGUAUCAUUUUGUCAUGUCAUGGUGUCAUAUUUGCCCAAGUAAUCAUUUUAUGAGCAAAUAUGUGGCGACAUCAUGGAGGUAAAGCUCACUUAUUCCAUCAUUAAACUGCACAGCUGCAGUACUACAGCCAGGCCCGCAGAUGAGGGGCUUCAGUUACCACUGUCUGCACGGGCGCAGUACCUACUCUCUGCCUGCGGGGGUCGUCUUUCCCCACCGCUCGUGUAGUGUGUCCGAAUUGGGCCAACGUUUUUAGUAUGUAGGAGUAGGAUCUAGCAGUAGCACGUAGCAGUAGCAUGUAGUAUCCGAGCGGGCAGUUCGGACGUAGCACAUGACAUGACAAAGAGAUACAACCGCACAUUUUUUAGGACAGUGUGUGAAGUUACAUGAAACCGCCAUGGUGCGCGCUGCUGUGGCCAGCCGGCGUUCGCGACGCAUCUAUGCUGGUGGCGCUAGCAUCACAUGCGCUUCUACAACUUUUAAGAGGACGAAGAAGAAGCCCGCGGUGCAUUUUGGGUCAGUAGCAUGCCCGUAGGAUGCAGCGCGACCAACCUACAAUGUGGGCGUGUCUAGUAUCUGAAGUAGUAUCUGAAGUAGCAUGCUACUCGCUCCGGUGGCCAAUUCGGACAUGCUAGAUACUACUUCGACUACUACUUGGCAAUUCGGACACAGCUCAGGUGUGGCCUCUUCAGAUCUGUGCGCGCACACGUAAAGGGGGUGGGGUCAGUUCCACCACUCCAAUCUCCACAAUGGAGAAGGUUGCACGUCAUUUUUCACAGCCGAGGAACAGAGCAUUAUUUUACGAGGAGUACCGCAACAUUAUAACAGCGAGGAGCAGGACAGCCACAGCCGCUAAAAACUGGAGGGACUGCUGGCAAAAAAAAUCACCGGUUGUGUAAAUUACAUUUGUGCGUUCAUAAAUUUAUGGCCCCCUAAUAUGUUGUCAUGCAGCGUGUGUGAUCACCACCAUCAUUGACCUCAUUAUUUCAGAUACAACAGCAGUGGGGAAAAGAGUACGUGGGAGCAAAUAAAAAUAAAUCUAAAAACAUCCAUUAAAGUAGUUUGUAAGUUUAUUGGAAGAUUUUAUUUGUACAUAUUUCAACGCGUAAACAGCGAUUUCCUCACACUGCCUUUUUUUUCUUCAUCAUCUGAUGGUCACGUCAUCUGCAGACACAUUUGGGGUUAAGAGGAGUUUUCUAAUCUGCUUCAAUAAAUUCUGAAUGAUGACUGAUAUGCUGCAUGAAAUUGGAACCUGGAGCUUGGCAAAUAUUUGUGCAUUGCUUAGACUUCAUGCUUUAUUGAGGACGUCCGAGGAAAACCUGUAACGUUCAUAGAGAACGUCAUCAGGUAAAUCAAACGGAUUUGAACGAUCAUAAAUAAACGCGAAGCGCUCCUCUCACUAUCGGUGCAACGAUGUUCCCGGGAUCCGGCAAAAGUGGGCAAGUCAUUUUCCAAGAGAUCCGAUUGGUCAUUGGGCGGUCUUUUAUACCUGCUGAGCUCUUAUCCUGAAACAUAACCUGCUCCGGAGCAGGUUUGGCGUUCCGCGUAAGUUACCGGGGCAACGGACCCGGAUAAAAAGAGAUCCACCUCCGUAGUACAGGCCUCAGGUCACGUACAAGUAAGAGUAAGGCGACCACUUGAGGUUUCUAAUGGCUCAUUUUUGAGCUCAUGUUGUGUGAUGUGUGUCCCUGGUGUUCCUGAUUUUGACAUCUAACUGACUGUCGAGUUAUGCUUUAUCUUUCAGUGCUGGAUACCGUCAAAGUGGUGGUGAAGGAUGGGGGUGAUGCCAUCUUACCCUGCUCUCUUGGCACCAAGGACAACAUAAAGUCACAAGUGUUUGACUGGAAGAAAGAUGAUCACAUAGAGGUGUUCUUCUAUGAAGCAGGCCUUUAUUACGGUAAAGGCCGUACAGGUCAAGACAAGCAGUUUGAAGAUCGAGUCUCAAAUUUUGAAGAUGAACUGAAGAAUGGAAACGCCUCCAUCAAGAUCUCAAAGACCAAGGUGUCUGACAGUGGAAACUACAGCUGUUUUUUUCCACAUCGUCCGCAGAGUCAAAAAGUUCAUAUCCAGCUUUUUGUGGGUGAGUUCUCCAAUCAAACUGUUAUUCUUUAAAUAUGAGUUCUCAAGCUAUUCAGGCUCCUCUCACAAGUAUGUCUGAUUAAAAGACAAUUCAGACAGCUGCAAACUGAAUAUCAAAGAUAAGUUAGUUUUAUGUCAGUGAAGGAUCGUAAUCAGGUGAAGAGCAUAAACUUUUGGUUGAAGUUGCUCAUGUAGCUAAUGUCAUUGUGCACAAACUGUCUUUUUUUCAGAAUCUGUCACUAGAGAUCGAUCAGGAGAGAAUACAGGUGAGCAAUAAUGUCUGUGUGUCUGGAUUAUGGGUGCCACAGCUCAUAGGGCUCUUCUGACAGCAGGACUGUGAUAUAUGACUUUCAGACUGACCUGAGCGAUUGUCCUUGCAGUGCAGCUUAGUGUGGAGGAGACAGACAAUAAUGAAAUCCAGAACAGCUGCAUGAGCAUGAUUUGUGGUUUGAUUACAUGUACAAAAACAUGACUUAAAGCCAAACACCAACAACAACAGCUUCCAUAGUAAACUUCCAUAUAUGGUGAUAUCAGUCAGACUAGUGCGUCUACAUUAGGGAUAAACAGAAUAAUUAAACCAUGAACAGCGUUUUGACAUAAACAGCAUCAUGAUUGGCGUCACAGGGGCAAUAUCACAUUUUUUUUCACAUUCCCAAUGACAGCAAAUCACAUCGCAAACAGCCAUUGGCUGAAGUUUAAAUUCUGUUAUGAUGCACAGAAUAAUGCGGUUUAAAAAUAGUAUUAAAAUGUUUAACUUUUAUUUUUUUUCUCACUGUUUCAGAAAUCCAAAAGUCCCUCAAGGUGAUAAUUUCCUGGGACGAACAAUUUUCUGUCAAUUAAAAAUAUCCACCAAGUUCAGCAAUUUGGUUUCUCAUAUGUAGGUUAAAUUGUUGCAUUUUGUCAAAAGCACAGUACUGACAUAAAUAAAAUAAUGUGAAUAAUCUGCAUGGCUAGACAGCACUCACAAUAUCAGCAUCGGCCAUUGAAAAACUGGUAUCGGCUGACCACUAGUCUACAUGUUUUUUUAAAUGUCUGUGCAAUAUAUUUCGAUUUCGGUAUUUGAAAUGGCGCCAACUACUGGUAACUGAUAGGAGCUGUUACAAACAAGCACAUAAACAUGCAGAGGACAGCGUGAUCAGCUGUCUGAUCUGUUUGACAUGUCCAGAGAUUGAUGUGAUUUCCCUGCAGUUAUGCUGCUGAGCCUCAUCCAUGAUCAUGAGUAUCACUUAUAAAGAAGGAAGGAAGUAGUUUUUCUGUGCAGCAGGUUUGUUUUGGUGGCUUUUACAUUAUCGGCCAUGGAUUUUAUACUAAGUCCUGUAUGUGGUCUGUGUGUUCUGGGGGAAGGUUGAAGAACUGGGUCUAUUUAAAUAUGCCCACUGAGAUAUGUUUUCUACAUAGUAAUGUGUCUGCCUACGGAUGGAUCUAGCAGUAAAUAGGAAUGAAAGCUGACACUGUGAUUGAUAAAAAUAGUGCUCUGUCCUCCAAAAAUACCCAGAUGAACAAUUAAGGGACUAAAUCCAACCACCCCAGUCAUCAAAUUAUGGAAAUCAACUCACAAAGCCGACACUUGGCCAGCACUUGUAAACAAAUCUUAACCACACAAACAGUCAGUGAGAGUACAAACACAAUGACACGUCAAUACAAAACUCCAUUAUUUUCAUUCACUGCUCUUCUUUUUCUGUUCGCUCACAGCGGCAUCUCCAAAACCUUACAUAGAGACUCUAAAUCAGACACAGGACUCGGCUCUGCUGCAGUGUGAGGUUCAGCAAGCUACCCUGAAACCCAAACUGGAGUGGCUGGACAGUUUGGGGAGUGUCCUUAAGAGUGAAGAGGUUCACCUGCCUAACACAGGAAACAAACAUCACAUCAUCCUCCAAAUGAAUGUGACCCAGACCGGCCACUACCACUGUGUGCUCAAACAGGAGGAGAUUCAGCAUGAGACCACUGCUCAGACCUUUGUGUAUAUAAACGGUAGGUUUCUUUUGGUUUUGUCAUUAUUAGGUUUGUUAAAUAAUCAAUAUUUUUAAUUCUGAUUAAGUGCUAACAUUUUUUUGUCUCCUUAAAUGUGUCUCUUUCUCUCUUGUUAACAUGGUUGUGAAAUAAUUUGCAAAUGUCUAUUAUUACUGCAACAAUCUAAAACAUGGACAGAUACAGUCUAGAAAACUCCAGAAUAACCUCAAAGGUACUGCAUGCUCAAAAUACGCGCUGAAGUGUAACAUGACAAACUCAAGCAACAACAGACUGGCAGACUGACAGGACACACACAUUAAACACCACCUCCCUUUGAAGCAGCUCAACACAAAAGGAUGGUGCAUAGUGGUGGGCAAAACCGGUCAUUUCAGUGAACCGGAUCAUUCCGGGUCGUUCAGUAAAAAGACCCGUUCAUUUCGUUCUUUUCGGUCAUUUCGGUCAAUCGGUCAUUUGUCAGUCCGCUCGUCGUCGUUGUGCCCCCCCCCCCAAAAAAUAUAUAUAAGGUUUUUAAUGGUUUUUUAUUAUUUUGAGGUGCAUUAAAAACAUUAAUAAAAAGUACAAAAUGUCAACAGACAGGGCAAAUGCGUAUUAAUAGUUGUCUCUCUGCCUCUGGCUGCAGCAGCAGCUGUGUGCCUUUGCGUGUGUGUGACUGUCCCGCUCGCUCCGGCUCGGCUGUCGGGCCUCGUGCGGCGGCCACUCAACUCGGUCUUUCAGUCAACUCGUUCAUCUGUCUGCAUCUUUCGUUCACUCGGUCUUUCAGCCAACUCGUUCACCGUCUGGAUCUUUCGUUCACUCGGUCUCUCGUUCAACUCGUUCAUCCGUCUGGGUCUUUCGUUCACUCGGUCUUUCGUUCAACUCGUUCAUCCGUCUGGAUCUUUCGUUCACUCGGUCUUUCAUUCAACUCGUUCAUCGGUCUGGGUCUUUCGUUCAACUCGGUCUUUCGUUCAACUCGGUCUUUCGUUCAACUCGGUCUUUCGUUUAUUUGACCCGUUCUUUCAGUCAACUAGGUCUUUCGUUCAUUUGACCCGUUCUUUCAGUCAACUAGGUCUUUCGUUCAUUUGACCCGUUCUUUCAGUCAACUCGGUCAUUCCGGUCUUUCAGUCAGCUCAGUAGUACUGCUGCUGCUUCUCUAAGCCCCACCAGGCAAGCAGUCCCUCUUCAGCCAAUCGAAAGAACUGAACGGAUUGAACGGGUCAUUUAGGGGGGGAGAACUAGUUAAUUUCGUUCAUCAAAAAGAACUAGUUCUUUUGAUCCGUUCGUUCAAGACCGACACACCACUAAUGGUGCAUCACAACAACAUACAUAUUUUACAACAAGCACACAGUUCAGUAAAAUUUUCCACCACAGCAUGUGUUGAUCACGUAUCAAUAUAUUUAGUGCAGUUAAUAGGGAAUUAGCUCUCAUGCAUCAUUGAUGUGUUAUAAUGACAUUGACUUUGACAAGCAUUAUCAUAGGAAAUCAACCACUUCCUUGGACAAAAUAGUUUUGUGUAAUCUGAACAGUGAACUGCACUCAAAUACGGUUUCAUUGUGUGAGUUUUUUUGUGGUUCAUGUGAAUAAAUAAUUUUUUUUUUCUUGGUCUAUGGAGCGCUCAGUUCUGUGACUCAGUUUUAAUUUGUUGUAAUCUCUUAACCUUGAAAAACUUGACUGGGACUUGCUGCUGCACUUGAGACUUGGGGCUCUAUUUUUAUGCCCGCCGGCAGCUUGGUGGACGAUGGCGCACCCUGCGCAGUGGUAUUUUCGUCUGGCGGAGCCCGGUGCACAGCCAGUUUGGUAUUUUCGUAGACUGAGGUGCACCGAGGUCUGCCAAGCUGGGCGUGGUGGCGCGGUAGGGGGAGUUGUGGACAGAAUCAGCGGGCGCAGUGACAUUUUUGUGCCGAUGCCGUGGAAAGUGCGCUGAAAGCUCGCCGAUUCAAACCUGGUCAGCUUUCAGUGCAGACUGAGCACAGCUGGUCUAGUGGUAUUUUGGUAGACCGGCGGCAUAGUGCACAAACUUCACCGAUGCCUCACCGGCAGGUUUCCACAGUGUCAGGCACAUUUCAGUGCAAUAAAUAAUCAACAACAACCAUUUUUUUAUUGCAACUAUCUGAAUCAGCACAUACAUUUAGAUCUAUAUCGAUAUAUUCUGAUCCAUAUCUUAUCUGAUGAGUGCGUUUGGCAGGCGUUUGGACACAACCUGACUGAAUCAACACAGCUGAAACCACAUGAAAUUCAAUAUCCAGUAAAUAGUCACACACGAUGAAGUUAACAAGAUAUAUUUCCGAUUUUAAUGCCAUUAUUGAAAUUUAUGUUGUGAUCUGUGUGCACAACCCACCUUUGUCACGUGAGGUUUGAAUAUAUGCAACUUUAUGUGAGUGUCUUUAUUUGUGGAAAAGGGUGUUUGUCUUACCAGUGAGUCCAACAUUACACACACCAAAUCCAUCUGUGCUUAUAUGAGAGAGUGUGGCCGACGCCCUCUGCAGCGACACUUGUUGACAGGCUGCUUUUUGUCACCAUCAUGUGGCAUUGCUGUCUUCAACCGUCUCUUGAUCUCUUGCCGGUGGCGGAUUUAAAGGUGAGGAGAGGAGCUAAUGUGAUUGGUGAAAACAGGUCUCGGCUGUGUUAAACCCACUCGAUGCCUUCUCUCCUCCCUCUCUACGACUUACGCUGCUGGGUGGAGCUGAGUUAGGGAGGGGGGAUACUUACGCUGGGCUGCGCCGCUCACCAAAAUACCAAUGUGGGCUUGAGCAUGCCUUGUUGACGCGGUGGACCUGCUGGCAAGGCACAAAAAUCGAGCCCUUGGUCUAGACUUGUGGUCAAAGACUUGAGACUUAAACUUGCAAAACAAGUUACUUCCAUCUAUCUCUGUAAUACAGAUCCAUUGUGGUGUCAAAAUAGCUGUUUUGAUGUGUUUCAGAAAAUAUUCCUUGCCCCUACCUCUGGACUCUCCCUGCAGCCAUGCUGAUUGGAAUUAUUGUGUACGAAUCAUUUCGAGGGUUUGUUUUACGGUUCAUCCGCCGUCACAAAGGUAGGCCUGUUUCAUGUAUAAAUGUGUUUUUAGUUGUCCAUGUAGAUUCUCAUUCAUCCAGGUCAUGGUUAUCUUGAAGACUUAAAAACAGGCAAAUGGACUGUGUAGAGUUGAGAAGACGUUUCGCCUCUUAUCCAAGAAGCUUCUUCAGUUCUAAAUAUUGCUAGUGUGAGGAGCAGAUAUUUAUCUUACUGGAGAAGGGGGGCAAUUAACGACUGGGUGGAGUUGAAAAGAAUGGGUCGUAGAAACCCAUCUCUGGGUGUGUGUCCCCCAAAUCGUUAUACUGAAAGGGUCGUUAGCGACUCCUAUCAUGUGACCACGUGACUCAUGCCACCUGGGUCAUGUGGUUCCAGGUGUGAAUGUUUGUGGAGCUUCCUGGGGAGAGAGCUGAGAACUGCAUUGUAAGUGCCAGAGAGAUUGUGCCUGAGUCCACCCCCUCUGUUCAGAGAAGGUUUCUCCAGCCUGGUAAAGAUGGCUUCUUUAACUCCUCUUUCAAACCAUCUGUCUUCUCGAGCCAACACCUGUACAUUGCUGUCCUCAAAAGAGUGACCCGUAUCCUUCAAGUGAAGGUGGACAGCUGAGUCCUGACCUGAGGAAGUGGCUCUCCUGUGUUGAGCCAUGAGCUUGUGAAGCGGUUGUUUAGUUUCCCCAAUGGUCCGAGCAUUCCUCGCUGCACUGGACAGCAUACACCACAUUACUCUGUUUAUGUCUCGGAGUUUUGUCCUUGGGAUGGACUAGCUUCUGCCUUAGUGUGUUACCAGGCUUGAAAUGAACAGGAAUGUGGUGUUUGCCAAAGAUCCUCUUGAGUUUUUCCGACAGGCCUGCAACGUAAGGGAUUACAGUGCUCUUGCGUCUCUCCUCCCUUUCCUGUUCAGUGUUAUUUCUCUUUCUGUUCUUCACAAAGGCCCACUUAGGGUAUCCACAGGUUGUCAGGGCACAAAAGCACAUCAAAAAUGCCCUAGUUAAAGAAGCCAUCUUCACCAGGCUGGAGAAACCUUCUCUGAACAGAGGGGGUGGACUCAGGCACAAUCUCUCUGGCACUUACAAUGCAGUUCUCAGCUCUCUCCCCAGGAAGCUCCACAAACAUUCACACCUGGAACCACAUGACCCAGGUGGCAUGAGUCACGUGGUCACAUGAUAGGAGUCGCUAACGACCCUUUCAGUAUAACGAUUUGGGGGGGACACACCCAGAGAUGGGUUUCUACGACCCAUUCUUUUCAACUCCACCCAGGCGUUAAUUGCCCCCCUUCUCCAGUAAGAUAAAUAUCUACUCCUGACACUAGCAAUAUGUGUUUUUAGUUGUAAUGUCUCAAACUAAAGGACAGCAGCAACAUAAAACAAGAUUUUAGAGAGUAGAAAGAAAAGAGACUGGCUACUGUCAAUGGACCAAGGUGGGCUCAGUCAGCUUGUUCCUCCGAAGAAGAGAGCAGCAGCACCACAGGCCUGUUUUUGAAGAAGUAAAUCCAAGUUUCCCAGGGCCCAUUGGUUCAGAAGUAAUCUGAUCUGAUGGAACUAUUUUAUUGGAUCCAAUUUUAAUUUUUACUAAUUGAGAGUAAACCCCUUCAGGGUCCAUGCUGUUGUAUCCAACACAAAAGUCAUCAUGUUUAUGAUAUCAGCUACAAAGACUGAUAACAGCCUCUGGCUUCCUCUGACAGUGAGCUAAUCUCUGUAUGUUUCUGCAACAUCCAGGGCUUUUCUAAGCUUCAGAUAAAACUGGUUUAUUUAACACUCCAGAUAUAAAACAACUGUAAUAUAUUUUUUGUGUGCUUGCCCAAUCAGAGAAAAGCUACAAAUAGACGGCCAUGAUUGUAGUUUAUGGUGUAAAGAUUAUUAGGACUUGAUUUGACAUCCUUGGGAGAUAGAUUUUCUGAUUCCUCAGAUUGUCCUCAGAAAAAAGAUGCAUACCAUGUCUUAUACUGUUUUACAUUACAUGUCUCUUUAAAAUAAAGACCAGGCAUGGAAAAUAAGGGGACAAUUCCUUAGGCUUCAGAGGGGUGACUGGAGGACACAAAGCAACAAAGCUAAAGAAGAUUAAAAAAAUGCAGAAUAACCACUGAGAGAGAAAAAUAUACAAUAAAAAUAAAAUUGAUACUGAGUUAAUGUGCAAAUGAAGAAUUUUGAUGUCACUGAACCUUCUCUUUACCUGUUUGCUCCACUGUAUGAAUUCAUAGAUUUUGUGUAUUCUAACUUGUUUGACAUUUUAGGGAAGUUUUGUCAGCAGCUCCGUCAGGAGGAGAAAGGACCUGAUAAAAAAGAGGAUAGCGUUAAAUACCGUAAGUACACUUUAAAACUUUUUUGUACACUGGGCUUCAGUCUCUCAAUCGAUCCUUUUUUUUGAGUUCUUGCAGGAAAUGGAUAUAGAAUAUAUAAUAUAUAUAUAUAUAGUUCCUGAAUGUUUAAGGAUGUAAACCACUUGCAAACCACUGGCAUGUAUUUGGGAGUGCCCAGUAUUAGGACUCUUGGGCAGAAGUUCGUAAAGCAUUUGAUAGCAUACUUGAUAAAGAUCUGCCUCUGCAGGGGACAGCAUUGUUCUUGUGAAGUGUAGAUUCUUAGCUAAGACCUGCUGGACUGAGGGUGUUGUUAUACCCCUAUAGACAGAUUUUGGAGGUCCUGUAACACAGUCUUAUCUUGACACUUGCUUCAUUAUCUGUCCUUAAUUUUUCCCCCAUAUGCUUACAGUUACUCUCCUGUGUAAAUGGUUAAUAGUAAGUAAACCAUGUUUAUUUAGCGCUUUCUCAAGUCUUCUGACUACAUCAGCAUCACUGGGAGAAUGAACCUACCAGCACCGUGCUUCACCCUGCAGAUUCACACAGAUCUACCCAGUCUGAAUAAUCCCUCUCACUUUUUAGAAUAAACAGAAAACAGGACAUCUCUGCUCUAGUUAGAUACAAGUCGAAGUCUCAGUAUAGGACUUGUUUCAAAGGCAUUAAAUCUAAAUGGAUAGGUUAAAAAUGUAAAACUUCCACUGAUUUUUUUUCUCUCAUCUGCUGCAGGUUCUCCUGGUUCUAAAAAUGCUCCGGGGAUUACAUGUGAAUUACAUGAAUCCUUUCAACACAAGGCAGCUGGACAACAUGAAAAAGUGCCACCUUGUAAAUACUGA